AUGGCGCCUCAAGUCGACAUUUCAAUACCAUCAACCACGACCUCGAAUACUGCAAAACCAUACACGAUAUACAACAUCACAUUGCGAUUGCCUCUGCGAAGUUAUACAGUUCAAAAGCGCUACUCUGAUUUUCUGAAUUUCCAUCAGUCCUUGUCGGAACAGGUUGGAACACCACCACCAGCGGCUUUGCCUGGAAAGUCGUGGUUCAAAUCUACCGUAUCCUCCCCAGAGCUAGCAGAGAGCCGUCGCCAGGGACUAGAGAGCUAUCUGAAGACAAUAAAUGAGGUUGAUGACAACAGAUGGCGGAACACAUCAGUAUGGCGAGCAUUUAUGAACCUUCCGUCGUCCUUUACAAGCUCGAAUUCGAGAGCAGGCGCAUUACACUCCGUCCUAACAGGGCCAAGCGCAGGCGGAGCGUCAAUAACAGAUCCUACUGUCUGGCUAGACAGCCAUCGAGAUUUGAAAGCCCAGCUACAUGACGCCAGACUCAACCUGACGAACAGAGAUCAGGCUGCGACACCACAAAAACAACAUGAAGCUUCAGCUGCUGCAAAAUCGAGCCUUGUCAAAGCCGGAACGAUCCUUACGGCGCUUGAGGAUGGUCUAACAAAGAUGCAGCAGGCUAGUGUACCAGAGAGUCAGAGGCUGGGCGCAGGCGAACUACGGAGGAGAAAGGACCUCUUAUCAGCUGCGAAGAAGGACAAAGAGGCACUGGAAACACUCAUGGAUGCCAUGUCGCAGAAGAGCAAGCUGGACAGUGCUGUUGCUAACAUUCAAGAACAUACCGAUCUCUUGUCUCCAGCUACGAAUCAAGUACUAGGUAAAGAGACAGCAGAGACCAGGAGCUUGGACAAUCAAGGGUUGUUACAACUCCAGCAGCAGAAGAUGAAGGACCAGGAUCUGGACGUUGAUGAGAUCAGGAAAAUCGUCCAAAGGCAGCGAGAUCUAGGUGUCGCUAUCAAUCAAGAGUUGGAAGUCCAGAAUGAGAUGUUGAAGAUGGUCGACGAGGACGUCGACAGAGUACAGGGCAAGAUCAACGUUGCCAAAAAGCGGAUUGGCAAGAUUUCUUAG